UCACAAUGGGUAGACUUGGGAUGUGUUUCAGCGUGCUGAGCGUGUUCUUGGCCACCCCGACCUGCGCUAUUGUGUACACACCCCAUGCAGGUGAGGUACGUGUAGCUGAGGAUGAUCAUGUUGCACCGUGGCCUCUGGAGGAGGGAAGACCGAGCUACUCUGCCACAGAAGACGACUCAGCAGCGCCCCCUGGCUACCUUCCCACUCUGCCCACUGGCUAUUCCCCAGCGGAGCCCCCUGAUUACCCUCCGGCCGGGCCCUCCGGCUACUCUCCGAAAGUGCAUCCUGACCAUUUCACAGCGGCAAUCCCUGGCUACCCACCGGCAGCGCCCCCUGGCUACCCACCGGCAGCGCCCCCCGGCUACCCUCCGGCAGCGCCCCCUGGCUACCCACCGGCAGCGCCCCCUGGCUACCCUCCGGCAGCGCCCCCUGGCUACCCACCGGCAGCGCCCCCCGGCUACCCUCCGGCAGCGCCCCCUGGCUACCCUCCGGCAGCGCCCCCUGGCUACCCUCCGGCAGCGCCCCCUGGCUACCCUCCCACGGUGCCAACUACCCCUCUGCCGGUGACCCAUGACCUGGCCCACAAGGUAUGGUCACGUCUGGCCGCCCUGGGUAGCUCUGCACACUUACCACAACCACGACUGGGUAUGUCCCGGCCCCUGGAACCACUCCACUCCUCCUCAACCCUCAAGUACCUCCACGAGGGUGACCUUCUGAGACUCAGGUUGCUACUAGAUAAUCUCACUCUCGAAGGACUCAGUUCACUCUCCGUGCAGGAGGUGAGCUUCGAGGUGUCCGGACGGGAGGUCCUUCAGCAGCAGACACCAACAGCUGCGUUGAUCAAGGACUGGAAUAUGGAUCACCUCGUCCAGGACCAACCCUACACUGGUGACUGGAACAGACAGACUGAGGAUAUACCCAGUGGGGCUCCCUCAGGGAGACGAGGACAUAAACACGGCAGGAAAAACACACGGGGUGGCAAGAAGAGCAGCCGUGGACAGAAGCCUCGACCCCCAGACACAGCUGAGGGGGUGAUCAGGGUGGCAUUCACUCAGGUGAGGGUGAGGGCCAAGUACCAGGUGAGGGGGAGUGCCGGGGGCUUCCUCACCUUCAGGGAGAGCGGAGACCUCACCCUCACCGCCCCCACCAUCUUCCUCACCACACGUCUCAACCUUACACUCCCUCACCACACCUCUUCCACGCACAGACGUUCCACACAAAGACACGGUCGAGUCAAGGUACUAUGGAUGAAGAAUGAAGUGAGUAUCUCCAGCACCAACCUGCUGCUCCAGCCUGCAGCCUACCCUCCUGAGUGGGUCAGACAACAGGUCCAGUCUAAGCUGGAGGAGUUAUCAAGUGACCUCAGUCAUGGGCAUGGAGCUGUACGUCUACUGCUGCGACGCUGGGGUAAGCUGCUCAAGAAACUCAUCCAGCGUACAGCACGAGCCAUCACCCAGUGAUGAGUGUCCUUAUACACAGGUGUAUGUGCCGAGAGACACGUGCCAUUACACAGAUGUAUGCAGUGAUAGAUACACAUUGUGACACAGACACAUAUGUCUAAGUCAUUUACCAAUAAAAUUCUCUAGUCAACUAGUUUUAUUGAAAAAACAAAAUAUGUGAUCCCCUUAAUUGCUGGACUCCAAUCAAGAGUAUAGUACACUAUUUCACUCAGUGAAAUAUGUACAUGGAGUACGUAUAU